AUGUCGGAAAAACAUGAUACCGAUCCCGACGCCAGGUCGGGGGGCAGUCCGCUAAGCCAGCCGGCUCACUCGCUCACGUAUGAAGCCGUGAUCAAGGCACUCAACACCAGGCUGGACGAGGGCUUGGCCCUUGACGAAGCUAGUCAUCGUCUGCAAAAAUAUGGUCCCAAUAAAUUGGAUGAAGGCGAAGGGUUGUCGGUGGUCAAGAUUCUCGUGCGCCAAGUGGCCAACGCAAUGAUGCUAGUGCUGAUUCUAGCCAUGGCGGUCAGUUUCGGGAUACAGUCGUGGAUUGAGGGUGGAGUGAUCUGCGCGGUCAUUCUCUUGAACAUUGUUGUAGGGUUUUUCCAAGAGUACGCCGCAGAGAAGACUAUGGAGUCACUGCAUUCACUAUCGUCGCCGACGGGAACUGUCUCGAGGGGUGGACAGACGUUCUCGGUUCCCUCGUCAGAGAUCGUGCCCGGUGAUAUGGUCGAACUGAGAACAGGAGAUACCGUUCCGGCGGAUAUUCGCCUGGUUGAAGCAGUCAAUUUCGAGACGGACGAAGCACUUUUGACGGGCGAAUCUCUUCCCGUCCAGAAAGAAUGUGAUUCGGUCUUCAAAGAGGACACCGGUCCUGGGGACCGUCUUAAUAUUGCCUAUAGCUCUAGUACCGUCACUCGUGGUCGGGGCCGUGGCGUUGUUGUUUGUACCGGAAUGUUCACCGAAAUCGGUUCUAUCGCGCUCGCUUUGCGGGCCAGUGACACCAAGCGUCGACCCGUCAAGCGUGAUUCCAACGGCGAGGCCAAGAAGCGGUGGUACGUGCAGGCUUGGACUCUUACUGGAACGGAUGCUGUCGGUCGAUUCCUUGGUGUCAAUAUCGGCACGCCCUUGCAAAGGAAACUCUCCAAGCUAGCCUGUUUGCUCUUUGUGGUUGCAGUUAUAUUUGCCAUUGUUUGUAUGGCUGCAAACCUUUUCAGCAGCAACACCGAGGUCAUCAUGUAUGCUGUUGCAACUGGUAUCAGUAUGAUCCCGGCAUGUCUGGUGGUUGUACUCACUAUCACCAUGGCCGUGGGAACCAAGCGUAUGGUCCAGCGACAUGUGAUUGUUCGCAAGCUUGACUCACUAGAAGCUCUCGGCGCGGUCACGGAUAUCUGCUCCGAUAAGACUGGCACAUUGACGCAGGGCAAAAUGGUUGUCAAAAAGGCAUGGAUUCCAUCUCGAGGGACCUACUCUGUCGGCACUUCGAACGAGCCUUUCAAUCCGACUGUUGGGGAUGUCACGUUCACACCUGUGCCUCCUUUGAAUUUCGAUGAUGGGGAGGAAGCGUCCCCUGCAGAAAAUGCGGAAGACCUGGUUUGGGAAAACCGCCAUCUCGAAGACUUUUUGGACGUCGCAUCUAUGGCCAACCUUUCGCACGUUUAUAGGAAUGAAGAUGGUGAAUGGAACGCCCGUGGCGAACCCACCGAAAUCGCAAUUCAAGUCUUUGCAUCCAGGUUCAACUGGAAUCGUGACCGUUGGACGAAGGGCCAUAGUUCAGCGUGGCACCAGAAGGCUGAAUUUCCUUUCGACUCCUCGGUCAAGAAAAUGUCGGUGAUCUUCAACAAGAUUACUGCGCAGGAAGAUCGCACAAUGGUAUUUACCAAGGGCGCGGUCGAGCGCGUUGUCGAUUCAUGUACCUCUGUGGCUUGGGACCAAGGUUCAUCUAUACCCGUGCCAAUGACUAACGAGCAUCGUGACAAGAUUUUCCAGAACAUGGAAGAGCUCGCGAAACUUGGACUUCGGGUUUUGGCAUUAGCCAAUCGACCCUAUACCGAGCAGUCGCAACUACUCGAAGGCUCCAAUCUGGAACGUGACGACGUCGAGAAGGAUCUAUGCUUCCUGGGGUUGAUCGGCUUAUAUGAUCCCCCACGCCCGGAGACAGCAGGAUCGAUCCAGGCCUGUUACCGAGCUGGCAUAGUUGUCCAUAUGGUCACUGGUGAUCAUCAUGGAACUGCCAAAGCGAUUGCACAACAAGUGGGAAUACUUCCUGCCGACUUCGGUACUGUGGCGGCUGAUGUCGCGGACGCAAUGGUAAUGACUGCUAGUCAAUUUGACAAACUCACAGACGAGCAAGUUGAUGCACUCCCAACGCUACCAUUGGUUAUUGCGCGCUGCGCUCCACAGACCAAAGUGCGUAUGAUCGACGCUCUCCAUCGCCGAGGUCGCUUUGCGGCGAUGACUGGAGACGGGGUGAAUGAUUCUCCUUCUCUCAAGCACGCCGAUGUAGGUAUUGCGAUGGGACAGGCAGGGUCAGAUGUCGCCAAGGACGCGUCUGAUAUCAUCCUCACGGACGACAAUUUUGCCUCGAUCCUCAACGCCGUCGAGGAAGGUCGUCGGAUCUUUGAUAACAUUCAGAAAUUUGUUCUUCAUCUGCUGUCCGAAAAUAUUGCUCAGGCUUGCACCUUGCUCAUCGGGUUGGCUUUCAAAGAUGCUGACAGUCAGUCCGUCUUCCCUUUGUCGCCAGUGGAAAUCCUAUGGAUUAUCAUGAUUACAUCGGGCAUGCCCGAUAUGGGCCUUGGAAUGGAAGUCGCUGCCCCUGAUAUCAUGAAUCGUCCUCCCCAGAGUAAGCAAGGCAUAUUCACCUGGGAAGUGAUCAUCGAUAUUCUGGUCUAUGGCGUCUGGACCGCGGCACUUUGCCUAGCGGCAUUUUCUAUCCGCAUGUGGGGAUUCGGCGACGGUAACCUGGCUCGUGGGUGCAAUAAGGAGUGGUCGGAGGAGAUCAAGGACUGCGAAUUGGUCUUCCGAGCACGUGCAACUACAUUUGUUUGUCUGACAUGGUUUGCGCUCUUCCUGGCUUGGGAGAUGGUCAACAUGCGCCGGUCGUUCUUCCGCAUGCAGCCAAAAUCCAAAAGAUACUUUACCCAGUGGAUGUUCGAUGUCUGGCGGAACAAGUUUCUUUUUUGGUCCAUCAUGGCCGGAUGGAUUACCAUGUUUCCUAUCCUCUAUAUCCCGGUGCUGAACGACGUCGUCUUCAAACACAAGCCUAUCACCUGGGAAUGGGGCAUUGUGGCGGUUGAGGCUGUCCUGUUCUUUGUCGGCGUUGAAGCCUGGAAAUGGGCUAAGCGAGUCUUCUUCCGCCACAGAGUCAAAAAUUAUCCGACUUCGAGCUCUUUGGGAGACGUCUAUGAAUGA